AAGGCAGGGAACAGCCCUGGGGCCACCCCAGGGGGAUGCAGGUGACAAGGGAUGGUGACAGCUGCAGUGGGACCAGCUCUGAUCUGAUACCCAGUGAUGGUGGGGGCUGCUCCCUCCAUCCCCUUGCCCCAGAUGGAGCCUCCAGCCCCUCUCUGCAGGACACCCGAUGCAAACAUGCCCUGAGGUCACUGCAGGUGCAUGGGGGAGCAGGACAGAUCCCAGCACAUCCCCCCAAAACACACCCCAGCCCCUGGAGAAGGAAAAGGGUUAAACUGGUGUCUGCCUGAAAGACAUCCCAUUGCAGGAGCAUCAGCUCGAGGUGCUGCUCACGUGCUUGCACCCUGUGCCUCCCUGCCUCCAGCUACCUCUCCGCGAUUUUCCCCACCUUCCUCUGGCUCCUUGGGACCAGUCUGGGGCUGGAGGGCACUGGGUAGCAUGGGGCCAGUGGGGGAAUGCUGUGACAGCUGAAAAAUGAGCCACCAGGCAGUGAGAGAAGUUUCUGAAGAGAGAAGAGGAAUCUGCCUUGAAUGAAGAGGAUUUUAGCACCUUGGGCUAAGCCAAUAAACCUCUGCCAUCCCCAUCYGAACGGGAACUGUUUGCACACGCUCCCGGAGCUGCUUAAAGCGGGYGAGACACGAAGAGAGAAUAGCAUCGAGCAUGGUUGGGGGAGAAACCCCCCUGCCYGGAGAGCCCUUGGGCAGAUCCCUAUAGCCCUGCUGGGGCAGUGCCCACAGGGACAGGGGACUCAGCCAGCCCUGAGCUCCCAGGGCCAGGCUGUGCCCCCACUGCCCCCUCACCUUGGCGGGGCCGGCAGCCGGGAAGGUGCUCCCUGAAGAUGCUCUGUCCUGCUGGACACACCAGCCCUCUCCACCACUGGCAGCGGUUCUGCUCCUUGAAGUCCCCAUCCGAGUGACACRGUGGUGGCACCAUGGAGGCAUCUGGCCCUGCGGGAGGUGUGGUGGUGACUCUCCUCUGCUGCUGUCUCCUGAGCUCGGCGUGGGCUCUGGUCGAUCCUGAUGAUGUUCUCACAAAAGAAGAGCAGAUCUAUCUCCUGGUGGAGGCCAAAGAAAAAUGUCAGAGGGACAUCAAGGCCCAGCUGGAGAAGAUCAAAGACCCCAGCUGCCCUCCGGAGUGGGAYGGGAUCAUCUGUUGGCCAAGGGGCUCCCCCAGCCAGGAGGUGUCAGCUCCUUGCCCUGACUACAUCUACGACUUCAACCACAAAGGUCAUGCCUACAGGUACUGCAGCGCCUACGGGACCUGGGCCAUGGCUCUCAGCAUCAACAAGACCUGGGCCAACUACACYGAGUGCGCCCUGCUCUUCUCCUCCGAGAGCCGGAGCCGGGAGAAGGAGGUGUUUGACCGCCUGCACCUGAUGUACACCGUGGGCUACUCCAUCUCGCUGGCCUCUCUCAUCGUCGCUGUCUGCAUCCUCUCCUACUUCAAGCGUCUGCACUGCACACGGAAUUUCAUCCACRUGCACCUCUUCACCUCCUUCAUCUGCCGGGCCCUCAGCAUCUUCAUCAAGGACGUGGUGCUCUACUCGGGGCCRGCGCCCAGCGACACCGACAGGAUGCGCGAGGACGAUUUCAGGGGCCCCUUGCCAGGACAAGGGGGUCACCUGGUUGGCUGCAAGGUGGCGGUGACUCUCUUCCUUUAUUUUCUGGCCACCAACCACUACUGGAUCCUGGUGGAAGGUCUCUACCUGCACAGCCUGAUCUUCAUGGCCUUCCUCUCCAACAAGAACUACCUGUGGGUCCUCAUCAUCAUCGGCUGGGGUGUCCCUGCUGUGUUUGUGUCCAUCUGGGCCAGCGUCAGGGCCUCGCUGGCGGAUACACAGUGCUGGGACCUCAGUGCGGGGAACAUGAAGUGGAUUUAUCAGGUCCCCAUCCUAGCUGCCGUCGUGGUGAACUUCUUCCUCUUCCUCAACAUCAUCCGGGUGUUGGCCUCCAAGCUCUGGGAGACCACCACAGGCAAGCUGGACCCCCGGCAGCAGUACAGGCGACUGCUCAAGUCCACGCUGGUGCUGAUGCCACUUUUCGGAGUCCACUACGUGGUGUUCAUGGCCAUGCCCUACACCGAGGUCUCGGGGCUGCUGUGGCAGAUCCAGAUGCACUAUGAGAUGUUCUUUAACUCCUCCCAGGGUUUCUUUGUGGCUUUUAUCUACUGCUUUUGCAAUGGGGAGGUGCAGGCCGAGAUCAAGAAAGCCCAUUUCCGGAGGCUCCUGGCGCUGGAUUUGGGGCAGCAGGCGCGCCCCGGGAGCUGCUGCUGUGCUGGGCUGGGCUCCCAGGCCCCCCAAAGCUGCAGCACGAGUCUGGCAGGACGGGGAACAGGGGGCACCCGGGGACCGCUGCUCCCGGCCCGGCCCCGCCUGCCCGGAUACACCCCCAGCUCCGGAGCCUCGGACCAGCUCCUGCCCUGCCCCGCCCAGGAAAUGAGCCAAAAACCGCGGGGGGAAAACACGGGGGAUGUGACAGAGCUGAGCCAGUGUCAYCCCAACCCCAGCAAGGAGCUGGAGACCAUGCUGUGAGGAGGGUGGGUUUCCUGCCUGGGCAUCCAGAUGUGCCUGGGAAGAUGCUGAUCCUCACGCUUCGGGCUCUGCUUACACCUUGCAUGGAGAACGAGGGUUGGGAUAGWGGCUGGAACAACCCAGCUCCUUUCCUUCAGAGCCAGGGAGCAAGGGAACUGCGUGCUCUCACUCCUCCUCCUCCCCCRGCCCAAAACCAAGUCAUAAAACCUCAUUUUCCUCCACGUGCAAGCGAYCCAUGUGCUGUCUGUGCAUGCAAAGCCUUGAGUCUUCACCAGGAAACAACCUCCAAGUGGGAAGUGACUUCUGCAGGGUAUUAAAGCCCGUGGCMUGAGCUCAGUCCUGCCUCAGAGUCCCCGACUCAGCCCCAGCUCCGGCCUUGUCCAGCCUGGGGGAGCACAGAGUGCCCA